AUGUCUCGCAACAUCCCAGUCCAGCCAAAGGAUUCCGAGUUCACAUUAUUUCUUUGGGGAGGUGAGGAGAAGCUAGAGCGAAGGAAGGCUCUGCUCAAAGCCUUGAUUGGCAAUCCCAUAUUCGACAAGAAGAAUGUCACUCUGCCGUCGUUGGCCCGCAAAGAUGCGUGGACUCGGGCGGCGUUGCAGAGCCGGGAGCUCAUCAGACUCAAGUUUGAGCACAAUUGGCCUCAUCGCCAUUUCAUGGAAGCCAUCAAACUGACGGACAAUAUGCUCCCUGUCCAACCCCAGUUUAGAAUUUUCAUGUCAAACCUGGAGCGGCAAAUGUCGGACGAACAAAAGAAGAUCUGGAUCCCCAAGGCUGAGCGGUUCGAGAUCUUUGGCUCGUACUGCCAGACGGAGCUGGGCCACGGAUCAAACGUCAAAGGGAUUGAGACGACAGCGACUUUUGACCCCGACAGCGACGAGUUCUUGAUCAACUCACCUACCAUCAGUAGCACCAAGUACUGGAUCGGUGCUACCGGGGUGUGGGCUACACAUGGUAUUGUCGUAGCACGCUUGAUAAUCAAGGGCAAGGACUACGGCAACCAUUUAUUCCUGGUUCAGCUGCGCAAACUCGAUACCCAAGAGCUCAUGCCAGGAUGUGAAAUCUAUGAACUCGGUCCCAAAGCAUUCCAGGGCAUGCUGGGGACGGAUAACGGUGCUCUUCGGUUCCACAAUGUCCGCAUCCCUCGCUCUCAGAUGCUCGCCAGAAAUGCACAAGUCCUCAGAGACGGCACCUACGUCCCGCCAAAGAAUCUCAAGCACUCGUACGGGUCGAUGGUGACGGUGCGUGCUCUCAUGGCCGAGAUCACAGGCUGGGACCUCCUGAAAGCCGUCGCUGUGGCAUACCACUACACCACUUUCCGAAGGCAAUUUUCGAAUCGCAAGGAUGGCUCUGAAACUCGCGUGUUCGACUAUGCGAGUGUGCGAUACCGGUUGCUUCCACUGCUUGCCAAGGCCACAGCGCUUGUCGUGGUCGGGCAGGCUAUCAAGCGUGCCUAUGAUGACUAUACGGCAAAUUACUUGAAGACUGACGACACCUCUCAGCUGGAAGAUCUCCACCUCCAAACGGUCGGUGCCAAGGUCUACUCGACUGAGAUUACGGGAUACGGCGUGGAAACCUGUCGCAUCGCCUGCGGCGGCCAUGGAUACAGCGCCCUGUCAGGAUUUGGCCGGAUGUACGCCAACUCUAUCAACUCCGUGACCUACGAAGGCGAUAACUAUGUUGUGGCCCAGCAAGUACCAAGGGCUAUCCUCAAGCACUUCAAAGCUGGAACUGAAUCCACCCUUCCCUCGUUGUCAUACCUGUCUUUUCUGCGCGAUACCGCAACGCCGCAGCCACUGCGUAUCAGGUCACCUCAAGAAUGGCUUGAGCGCGAUGCCCAGAGAUUUAUUCUAGAGCAGCGACUUGUGGCUCUGGUGCAGCAGCAUAUCGCAGACACGAACGCGGGUCGCGAUACCAGCUACGCAUGCCACGCUUUGACAAUGGCACACGGCGACUUCGUAUACUGGAAGGGCUUCUGGGAAGUGGUCGACAACAUCCCGAACGAUGCAACUUACAAGAAGCCGAUGACAGCGUUGGCCCAGCUGUUCUCCCUGUCCAUCGUAACUUCGGCACAUGCAGUACUUUGUCCUCCACUGUCUUUGACAUCCGACCAACGCUCCUCACUACGCCUUGCGUAUGACGCGAUUAUUGUCGAGGUGGCAGAUCAGCACGCGCAGGAAAUCAUCGAUGCAUACGGCUUCACCGAGUUUGAGCUGGACAGUGCGUUGGCGAGAAGCGACCAGACCCCGUAUGAAGCUUUGCUGGACGGCGCCCGGAAGAGCGAGAUGAACCACAUGCAACAUCUCUGGCCCAUGAUGGUGAGCACGAGACAAUUGUGGAAACAGGUCCAGCAGGAGAAGGAGAAGGGCGUAGCUAGAUCGAAAUUGUAA